AGCAGCCGCCGCAGCAAUCGCCCUGUGCGCAAAUCUGGGCGCGCUGCUCCUCUCGGCGGCCUGUGCCCUGCUGGCCCGUGCGGGCUCCCCAAGCCACGAGCGGGAGGGAGAAGGAAGCCUUGCUCAUGGUGUGAAGAUGGCUUUUCUGCCCUGGAUGAAGGUCCUGCCUGCUGUCCUCCCUUUUCUCUUGCUGACGCUUUGGACCCCAAGCCCUGGUGCUUCUCAACAGGAGCCCUGUCAUACCUGCCGGGACCUUGCCAGCAACUUCAAUAAGGGUCUGGAGCGGACACAGCGCGAGAACUUCGGGGGCGGGAACACAGCCUGGGAAGAAGAGAAGCUUGCAAAAUAUGCAAACAGCGAGACCCGCCUGCUGGAGGUGCUGGAGGGGGUGUGUGCCACAUCCGACUUCGCCUGCCACCAGCUGUUGGAGCAGAGUGAGGAACGCGUAGAGCGUUGGUGGUUCCAUGAGCAGCAGCAGCACCCAGACUUUUUCCAGUGGCUUUGCAUGGAUGCGCUGAAGCUGUGCUGUCCGCCUGGCACCUAUGGCCCUGAUUGCCACACCUGCCCUGGGGGCUCCCAGAGGCCCUGCAGCGGGUACGGGCAGUGCGACGGAGACGGCAUCCGUGGAGGAACGGGCCUGUGCAUGUGCCAGGCAGGCUACGGGGGCCCCUUCUGCUCCGAGUGUGGAGAUGGCUACUAUGAAGCUGUGCGCAACGACAGCCACCUGGUAUGUGCGGAGUGCUACCGGGCCUGUGGGCGCUGCUCAGGCCCCGAAGACUCGAGCUGCCUGCGCUGCAAGAGGGGCUGGAUGCUGCAUGACCGAAGAUGCAUUGACAUAGAUGAGUGCGGCACAGACAUGGCCCACUGCCGUGCCAACCAGUUUUGUGUCAACACAGAAGGUUCCUAUGAAUGCCGAGACUGUGCCAAGGCCUGCAUUGGCUGCAUGGGUGCCGGACCGUCCCGCUGCAAGAAGUGCAACAAGGGCUACCGACGUGACGGUGUCAAGUGCCUUGACGUGGAUGAAUGUGCGGGUGAGGUAGAGGAGCCCGUGUGCACUGGUGCUAACGAGGCCUGUGAGAACACAGACGGCAGCUAUCGAUGCAUUUGCGCCGAGGGAUACGUACGCAAAGAGGGGCUCUGCGUGGAAGAGAAACCCCCAGAUGCCCCUGAGAAAGGAUUCUUUGACGACAUCACGGACGACGAAGUGGCUGUGCUGCAGCAGAUGUUCUUCGGUGCCAUCAUCUGCGCGCUGGCUACGCUCGCCGCCAAGGGAGACAUGGUGUUCACGGCCAUUUUCAUCGGCGCUGUGGCCGCCAUGGCUGGCUACUGGCUCUCAGAGCGCAGCGAUCGGGUGCUUGAUGGCUUCAUCAAGGGCAGAUAGUGCAUGGUGACAUGAAUUUCCCCUUCGGUGUCCUGCCUCAGAGAGCCAGCUGGUGGGCAGGAGCUCCUUGGCCCCCCUCCCCUCCCCUGGCAGGGCUUCAGAAUCCAGAAGAAAGAGGUGGAAAGGCCAGUCCGCAUCCCAGUCUGGGCCAGUGGAAGCCUCGACCUGGCAAGCUGUGAAAUGGGAGGAGAGACAGAAGAGGCUUGGCAGUUCUCCUGUGGGCUGAGAGGAGGGAGGGCUCCUGGCAGGACAUUGGAUGGAGAGUCUUGGCAUGGCCUGAAGAGGAUGCCCCGUUGACUCUGCACUGGGCCAGCUCCUGAACACGGGGGCUGCUCUCCUGUGUGUUCCUUCUCGUGAGCUUGGGUCUCCCGCAUUGUAUGGACCAGGAAGAGGUUGGGCGACUGCAGAAAGAAACCUGGGAUUGGGUGGCCACAGGAGUACUGCCCACUGGCUCUUUGACGGGCUGUCUUCUCGGCUGGGAGCGGAUCUAUGCAUUAUGCUCAAGGAGCUGGUAUUUAUUUAUUUAUGAAGUGCACCUCUUCCUGUAAAACUCUCCCUGCAUACAGUGAACCAGCACCAUCAGAACAGUUUUAAGGCGUAGACCUCUCUCUGAUGAGCUGGCUUACGGUGCGCCGGGGGCCUUUUACAAGGGUAGAGGCGGCAGAAGCAUUCAGAAUGCCUUCAGCCACACUCGCCCAUUGCAGUCUGGAAUGGCACAGUUCAGAAUCCUGGCGCUCCCUAGAUAGGCUGAACUACAGCUCCCAACAUCCUCGCUGGCUGGGGAAUGCUGGAAGCGGUAGUCCAACAGGAAGAGAGUGCAGCUUGGUGUGUAGAACAGCUGUGAUGAAGCCCGCGUGUGUGCGUGAGCAGAAGAAGCCGGGUGGCAUGCAUGUGCACCCUUGCCCCUUUGCAUCUGCCCACUUAGAGCACCGUCUGUCCAUCCACAUCUCAGGAAGAUUAAAGGUCUCUGUACACAUCCCA